CAGCAAACCACCAGCAAAAAAUUGUCCAGUGCUAGUCGGGUCAGAAGCCCUCGUCAAUCAAUUAUGAGAUCAAAAACUCGUAUCCCCACUCGAAUCUCACCAAACAUAGAGGUCGGAAAACUCGGCUAGGGGCCACCUGAUUCCCGCGUGCCAUCAGAAUCCGCGCGGGGGUGCCAACCGUACCCGAAUUAGUACAUCCGCCUCCAGAAGGGCUCCAUGUGUACUUGGUUGCGCUGAUGAGGCGGUCAGGAUCCCAAUGCCAUGCCGCACACGUCCUCCUCAGCGCCCAACAAUCUCUUGCUCUGUGCUGCCAUCUUCCUGUCCUGUGACUAUCUCAUGAAUUCUUGGGAUGAGCGACCUGCCUCCACCUAGUAUUGCCGAUCGGAACUUCCUCGGCGCGUUCUUGCUGGGCGUGAUUGCGCAGGCAGUUGUAUAUGGCGUCGCGUCUUCGGUGACAUGGACAUACUUUCAACUUUAUGCCAUCGAUCGAACUUGGUUCAAGGCAACGGUCUCCAUCGUUUGGUUGUUAUGCACAUUCUGCCAAGCAGUCACGAUCCAUGCCAUAUACAGUUGCGUCGUCAUAGACUAUUUGGCCACACCCGGACUUCAAGACCUCCCGUGGAGCCUCGCUAUCCUGACCGCUAUAAUAUCGUCUGUCGUCACGAUCGUCCGGUUCAUGUUUCUGAACCGAUUACGUCGCCUAUACCAAGCAAAAGGAGAGCUCACCGUCUGGCGAGCGCUUUGUCUAUGCUUGAUAGCGUUACUUUCCUUAGUGUGUUUUGUCGGAGGAAUAAUCAUUACCGUCAAGUUGUUCCUUAAACCAUCCAUCGAAGAUUUGAACGUGCUCAAGAGUCUGUUCGUGACAAUAUUUACUGUACGGAUAUCCGCCGACAUUAUCCUCAUGAGCAUGAUGUGCAUCUGUCUGCACAGAUCGCGAACCGGGUUGCAGCGGACGAACUCAGUCAUCAAUCUGCUUAUUAUCUACACCAUAAACACCGGUCUAUCUCCAACUCUGUGUGCUAUCGCAACCUUGAUUACCUACUCCUUGAGGCCAGAUCUACUCAUAUACAUCCCUUUCUACGUUCAAAUACCCGCACUGUACCUGAUUGCUCUAGUUGCGAACCUCAAUCACCGCGAGGUCGUCCGCCGGCAAAUUCAAAGACCUCUCGCGCUCGAUCUCGCCGCCUUGGACAUGCUACCAUCUACGGAAGAUUCGCGAUUAACGCAGCAGACGUCGUAUCUGACUCCCUCGUUCGCGCACCCCACCCAAACGUCACAAGCAGUGGUACUGUCUACCCCACAUACGACAACGGAGGAUAAAAGCUCAUCUUACACUCAACGCUUUCCCGCAGACGAUGCAUCAUCGUGUCUCGAGCGUGGUCCUGAGAGAGAAUCCUGCCCACGCUCAGAGGCCUCGGAAGUCGUUUUGGAUUUCAUUAUCGAUCUCGGCGCAGCGUCUCCUAGAUGA